GAGAGAGAGAGAGAGACAAAUUAAGAAUAAACUUUCUUGCAGCAAAUAAGAAAAAUAACUGUCAGUCAUUUUUUCUCUCUGGAAUAAUUCAAAAGUAAAUUGUAAAACAAUAAAAAUGGAUUUUAUGAUGAAUGCAGAAGCGGGUGCUGUCGAUACACAGGCACAAUUAAUGCAGACCACAAAUCCAGCGGCAGCAGUUUGAGCUGGUGUGGCGGCCACAGCGGCUGCUGCUCAAUUGCAACAACAACAGCAAGUCCAGCUGGCCAUAUUGCAAGUGCAGCAGCAGCAGACCCAACAGGUUGUGGCCGCGGCAGCUGCCGCCGUUACACAGCAGUUGCAACAGCAGCAGCAACAGAACCAGGCCAAUGGUAAUGGCAAUGCCAGCAAUGGCAGCACCCAGGCUCGUACUAAUCUUAUAGUCAUGACCGAGGAUGAGAUACGUUCGUUGUUCUCAAGUGUAGGUGAAAUUGAGUCUGUAAAGCCGUUACACAGCAGUUGCAACAGCAGCAGCAACAGAACCAGGCCAAUGGUAAUGGCAAUGCCAGCAAUGGCAGCACCGAGACUGUACGAGCGAGCCGUUAUUGUAUUGAACGGUUUACGUUUACAAAACAAAACGAUUAAGGUGUCCUUUGCUCGGCCAUCAUCGGAUGCCAUGAAGGGUGCCAAUCUUUAUGUAUCCGGACUGCCAAAGACAAUGACUCAACAAGAAUUAGAGGCAAUUUUUGCGCCUCAUGGUUCGAUUAUAACUUCGAGAAUUCUACGAAAUGCUGGUAAUGAUGCACAAACGAAGGGUGUGGGUUUUAUACGUUUUGAUAAGCGGGAGGAAGCUACUCGAACGAUUAUUGCUUUCAAUGGUACUAUACCAUCUAAUUGUACCGACUCUAUAGUAGUGAAAUUUUCGAAUACACCUGGCAGCACCAGUAAAAUUAUUCAACCGCAAUUGCCCGCCUUCCUUAGUCCCCAAUUGGUUAGGCGCAUUGGUGGAGCUAUGCAUACGCCGGUUAAUAAAGGUUUGGCCCGUUUUUCACUUAUGGCCGGUGAUAUGUUGGAUGUUAUGCUACCUUACGGGUUGGGAGCAGCUGCCGCUGCCGCUACCGCUACCACACUUGCGAGCGGGCCCGGCGGCGCUUAUCCCAUAUUUAUUUAUAACUUGGCUCCCGAAACUGAAGAAGCUGCCUUAUGGCAAUUACUCGGUCCUUUCGGAGCAAUGCAAUCCGUUAAAAUUGUCAAAGAUCCCACUACCAGUCAAUGCAAAGGCUAUGGUUUCGUAUCGAUGACAAACUACGAAGAGGCAGCGAUGGCUAUACGAGCUUUGAAUGGCUACACUUUGGGUAACCGUGUACUGCAAGUCAGUUUCAAAACCAAGAAAUCAAACCAAGCAACAGGUUCUGCAUAGAUUACAAUAUAAAAAAGGGCUAGAGCUGCAGUUUGUUUUGUUUUAUUACACAUAUUUACAAUACAAAAAAGAGUGAAGAACUGCAUUGGGCGAAGCGGUUUAGAGUAUCUAAUAGUCUGAUUUGCGCUAUUAUAAUGUUUCUACUUGUUUACUUUUUUACUAUGGAUGAUGAAGGUGAUGAAUAUGAGUUUCAUGUUAAGAAAAACAAUAUUGUUGGAUGCGUUGCCAGGAUGUCAGUGCUAAAAUCUGUUCGCAAAAUUUCUUUCUGCUCAAGAAAGACCAAUUGAAACUAAUAAAGGGCAAAAAAAGUAUUAAUUGAUGGAAUCUGUCGAAUAAUAAUUCAUGAGAUCGCUAAAAUAUUAAAUUUAACGAAGUCAACCGCACAUGAACAAAUAAAACAUUUAACUCUUUUAUUUCGCAGCAAAAAUACGAAAUUGCUCUCCAAACAACCCAAUAUGUGCCUCUUGAAAUUCUCUGCAACCUCUAUACCUAUUAUAUCCUUAUUAUCUUAGCAUAUUGCUACGAAAAUCGCACAUUUGCUGAUUUAACUUUUCACGCAUGCUAGUCAAUGUUGCAAGAAACAAAAUUGCAAUGAAAAUUUUAAGGAAAAACCAAAGAUACAAUUGCGAUACUUUACCUGCCUCCGGCAGCUGGCGAUUGGUGAUAGGAUUGACAAUAAUUAGCAGAAAUUUAGCGGGAAAAGGGAUUAGCGCAAGGAUUUCGUGAUGAUUUUAGGUAAUGGUACUUGGUGCUUGUAAAAGUGCAUAUAAGCGGAAUAUUUGAGGAAUGCGAAAUGUGUGUCAUGAGAGAAUUAAAGCAUUGUAAAUAUAAGUUCUUGCAAAUAAUUUGUAAAUAGAUCGCCCAAGACACCUAAAAAUUACAAUUUGGCGGUACGAACUUAAUUUCAAAAGGAGUUAAAUAAGGACGGUUUACCUUACAAUAUGUUUGAGUAUUAUCUAAUUCUAAAAAGUGUUGUUCUGGUAUUUUUUACAAGCAGCAUUCAAGUGUAGGGCUGUACUAACUUUACUGUUUCUCAACAUGCACAAAAAAGCAUCAGAAACUUUAUAAAGAUUCUACUGUAUAUUGGUGAUUACCCUAACAUUUUGAAAAGAUUUAACCAAACACGUCUCUCUUUAUAUUGGAUGUUGUUACGUUUUACAAUCACGAUUAAGAUACAGUAAAGUUCGUUUUCCUCGUAGCUAUAAUGAGUACUCAGUCGGUAAAGUCAUAAUACUUACCAAUGGGUCACAUAUCCUCUAGGCUGAGACCACCACGUUUCCCGUCUCCUUCUUUCUUCUUGCUUCUUUUCGAGCAUCGUCCUAUUACGCGAAUGAGGUAACUCCCUCGAGUGGUGGGCCAUUAAAAAAUCGAAAAAAUAAGUUAAAAUGUCAAAAAUACUUUUUGUAACUUACAGGAAAAAUUCGAAUCUGAAACUGAAAAUGAUGGGCUUGUUAAAGCAUCCUCUCGCUCUCUCUUUCUUGAAAGCAAAUUCAAAUACUUCAAAUUACUUCUGUGAAUUAAAAACAAAUAAGAACAGUCGGGCAAGGCCGACCGUUAAAUACCUUACACCAUAUUGUCUUUUUUUUAUUAUGGAACACAAAAAUUAUAUCUUGUUUCGAAAUAAAGGCAUAUUUUUCACGGGAAGCGAGCCCAAAAUGCAACUUAAUGUUGUACAAGUCCAAUCUUCACAUGGGGCAGGAUGUAAAAAAACAGGCGUAGAUGGUCGAAAUUUUGUAAAGUUCACUGUUGUAUGAAACUACUCUUAUUGGUCAAUUUUCUGCUUUACAAAGGAUUAGUUUUCGUGAAAAUCCUUAUUAGGGUAGGAACCAAAAAAUAGGCCGAGUCCUAAUUUGGCACGGUUAAUAUAUUUAUGUUAAAUUACUACUAUUGUGGUAUGAAUUUCAAUUUUCAUUAUAUAAGAGGAGGUUCAAAAUUUUCCCCAGCCGGUCCAAUACCAAUUUAGAAGACCGAAAUACUACUACUUAACCACUUUUACCGACAAAUUAUGAAAAUUACAAUUUUUUUUCCACACAGGGCGGUAUAUGAGGGGUUGUCGAAAAAGUUGACCGAUUCGAAUCAUUUUCAACAACAUUCGUCUUUGGGUUAAAACACGU